AUGGACGUGCCCGCUCGCCCCGCCACGGCCCUCACGCGCUUCAGCCGCCAUGCCAAUGCCAAACCCCCCCUCGCCACGCCCCCCUCCUCCCUCCCCCCCACUGCCGCUGCCACCCCCCUGGCCUCACCCUCCGCCACCAGCAGUGCGCCCGCAGCCACUCCUCCCCUCCUCCCCCCGCCCAGCCCCCCACCUCAGGCUGAAGCGCCACCAUCCCUCGCCACCCCUGCUGCUGCCGCUGCUGUUGCUGCUGCUGCUGCUGCCAUAGGGGUGGGUGCUGGUGAGACUGGGAAGGCAAGGCGUGGGAGUGGGAAGGAGAGGGCGCGGGGCAUGAGGCAGAUCGAGGCAGAGGUGCAGCAGAGGAGGGAGGCCGCCGCAGCACAGGCAGCAGCCAGCUCGGCGGAGGUAGCAGAGCAAGUUAGCGCGGCUAACGAGGUCGUGGACGAUGAAGCGUGGGGUGUGCAGGUGGGGCAGGUGGCGGUGGUGCGCGGGCAGGUGAGGGCCACAUCGCUGGCAGAGCUGUACCGCGCCGCGGGGAGGGGGAGCAACCUGGACGGCGCAAGAAAUGUGGCGCCCGCUCACGCCCUGCCGCAUGUGCUCGCUGCCCCCCCCGCCCCUCUGUGCCCGCCCUUGCCCCUGCCGCCCCACUCGGUCUUGCCGCCACACGCCCCCAUUCCCCCGGCUCUGCCUGUGUCGCCUGCCCCUGCUGCCCCUGCUGCCCCUGCUACGUCCCAGUGCAUGGCUGGCACAGGGCCAUCCUCAGGCAUCUCUCCCCCUUCCGCCCUCUUCUCCUCCACCUCUCCCCUCGCCGUCGCUCCGCCUCCCUGCAGUACCACUGCCCAUUUCCCCCCCGCCGCUGCUCCUCCCCCUCCUGCCUCUGCCUCUGCGGCUUUCCCUCCUGGCCAACCCCCGCCCACUGCGUCGUCCCCUCCUGCCUCGCGCCCCCCCUCCCACCGCGACCUGCUGGCUGACGUGGCGAGCAUGGUGGAGAUGCCACGGGCUGCCAGCACGGGCAGCAUUCACACCACACCCGCCACCAGUGGUGCAGCUGCUGCCUUCAGGAGGUGUGGGUCGCAUGAUGCGCCCUGCCUGCCCGCACACACAGAGCACUCGCCCCGGGUAGGGGUGGGGAGCAUGGGGGGGAGUGCAGAGCACGUGGCAGCAGCACCGCGUGCAGGAGGUGGAGCAGCAGCAGGGGCAGGCACUGCCGGCGCUCACAUGCCCGUCCCCUCUGCGCUGCCCCAUGACCCAGCACUCCCUCUCGCCUUCCCUCGCGCUCUGCCUCUUCUGCACCUUGCUCCCACUGCCCUCGCCUCCGCUUCCCCUGCCUUGUCAGCUGGCUCUCCUGUGACGUCAGCUGGGUCGCCUGCCAUGUCAGCAGGGUCCCCUGCAUCUCUAUCCAAUGAGCACGCGCCACGUGGCGCACAGCAGGCAGCAGCGGUGGCGGAGCUGAGGAGCAAGCUGCGGGUGCUGCUGGCGCCGCCACUUCCUGCAGCAGAGCAGGCAGGCAGGGGGGCGAGCAGCGAUGUGGGCAGGCAGGGGCAUGCCGGGGUUGAAGAGACCCAAUUGCCGCCAACUGUGGCACCCGCUCCUUCUGCAACAGCUGCUGUCUCAGUCUCUCCCCCUUCUCACUCCUCUGUCAUACACCCAACCUCUGCCCUCCCUCCCCCACACCAGCACCCCCCCUCGCCUCCUCCCCUGCACCGCUCGCUCUCAGACCCACACACCCCGCGCCCCUCCGCCACGGCCUUCCCCCUCGUCGCUCCGCCCUCCCCCGGCACCCUCUCAGCGCCGCGCUCGCCCCUCCCCCCGCCCUCUGCGCGCGCGCUGGGCUUUGCGUGUGCGCGCCGCCCCUUCAUGCUCCCGCCCGACUGGGACGAGCGCAGCGGUGGUGCAGACAGCGCUGAGAGGCCGCGCAGUGCAGAGAGGGGGAGAGGGGGGAGGGGCGUGCGCGCGUUCACAUCAGUGGGGCACCGCGGGCUGCUGCCACGCGCCGUGCAUGCAGGGGGGGCGUCAGCAGCCGCAGCGGCAGCAGCAGGGGGGGCCGUGGGCAGCCAUUCCGCUCUGACGGCGCGCGAGGUGCUGGCAGCGCUGCGGCGCGUGCCGGGGCCGUACAGCUCAGGGCGGCUUGAUGAGGUGGAGGGCGUCGAUGACAGCCUGCUGGGCGCCGGCAGCACGCCCAGAGUAACAGGCGGCGGGGCAGGUGCUGGUGGCCGUGGUGGGCGGCGGCGGAAGAGGUUCAGUGUGCUGGCUGUGGCGAGGGAGGUGGUGGAGCGGGAAGGCGGAGGGGCAGAGGGGGGCAGUGGCGACUAUGCAAGUGGAGGUGACGCGGAGAAGAUGGGAAAAGGUGGUGCGGAGGAUGGCGGAGGAGAAGAUGGGGACGGCAGCGAGGAGUCAGAGAGCAAUGGCGAUGGCGAUGGGCAGGGCGAGGAGGCGGCACGCGUGCGCAUGGAGUGGAGGCGGGUGAGGAAGGAGAGACAGCUGGUGGAGCAGGAGAGGGGCGAGGUGCAGCGCGUGCAGCGCGAGGUGGCGCGCUUCAAGCACUGGGCGCACCACGAGCAGCAGCGCCUGGCCGAGGAGAGGCAGCGCGUGGAGGCGGAGAAGCAGCGCCUGGCGCCCUUUGAGGCGCGCCUUCGCGCCCGGCAGCACCGCAUCGCCGCGCAGGACGCCGCCACGGCCGCCCUGCGAGCGCACGCCAGCGCUGCUGCCACGGCGACGGCGCACGUGGCGGCGCACACACACGCCCUGCGCCUGCACCUCGCCUCCGCCGCCCACCUCCUCGCCGCCACCAAGCAGCGCCUCGCUCACGACCGCGCCUCCGUGGCUGGCGCUCUGGCUCGGGCUGCCGAGGCUGAGGAGCGGGCGCAGGCGGCGGAGAGGAGGUUCGGGAAGAUGCCGUGGGAGGUGCGGAGCGCGAGUGGCGUGGCGCGCGCGGUGCACGGCGUGGCGGGGCGGCAUGGGUCGGCCGUGCUGCGCCUGCACGCCCCCGCCCUGCGCCUCGCACACGUGGUGGCCGUGGCGUGGCGGGGCGGGACGGGGGAGGGCGCAGGGGUGGAGGGGAAGGAGUGCGAUGGAAUGGGGGAGAGGGCUGAGGGACGAGAAAAGAGCGGGCACAGGGGAGGGGAGGAGGGAGAGGGGGAUGCGUGGCAAGGGUGGAGUGCAGUCAGGGAAGGGGCAGCGAUGGGAAAGGGGAAGCUGAGGGAGCAACGAGGCGCUGAGGGCAGGGAGCAGGGGUUGGGGCGUGAGCAGGUGGCAGGCGUGGCGAGAGAAGUGAUGCGAGCGCUGCUGCUGGCAUCGCGGGCGGCGGGCAACAACCCAUCGCGGGUGAUGACGGCCGCGGGGAGCACUCAGAGCCGCCUAACCACGCCUGCCCAGAGCACUCUGACCACGCCUGCCCAGAGCACUCUGACCACGCCUGCCCAGAGCACUCUGACCACGCCUGCCCAGAGCACUCUGACCACGCCUGCCGAGAGCACUCUGACCACGCCUGCCGAGAGCACUCUGACCACGCCUGCCGAGAGCACUCUGACCACGCCUGCCGAGAGCACUCUGACCACGCCUGCCGAGAGCACUCUGACCACGCCUGCCGAGAGCACUCUGACCACGCCUGCCGAGAGCACUCUGACCACGCCUGCCGAGAGCACUCUGACCACGCCUGCCGAGAGCACUCUGACCACGCCUGCCGAGAGCACUCUGACCACGCCUGCCGAGAGCACUCUGACCACGCCUGCCGAGAGCACUCUGACCACGCCUGCCGAGAGCCCUCUGACCACGCCUGCCGAGAGCACUCUGACCACGCCUGCCGAGAGCACUCUGACCACGCCUGCCGAGAGCACUCUGACCACGCCUGCCGAGAGCACUCUGACCACGCCUGCCGAGAGCACUCUGACCACGCCUGCCGAGAGCACUCUGACCAUGCCUGCCGAGAGCACUCUGACCACGCCUGCCGAGAGCACUCUGACCACGCCUGCCGAGAGCACUCUGACCACGCCUGCCGAGAGCACUCUGACCACGCCUGCCGAGAGCACUCUGACCACGCCUGCCGAGAGCCCUCUGACCACGCCUGCCGAGAGCACUCUGACCACGCCUGCCGAGAGCACUCUGACCACGCCUGCCGAGAGCACUCUGACCACGCCUGCCGAGAGCACUCUGACCACGCCUGCCGAGAGCACUCUGACCACGCCUGCCGAGAGCACUCUGACCAUGCCUGCCGAGAGCACUCUGACCACGCCUGCCGAGAGCACUCUGACCACGCCUGCCGAGAGCACUCUGACCACGCCUGCCGAGAGCACUCUGACCACGCCUGCCGAGAGCACUCUGACCACGCCUGCCGAGAGCACUCUGACCACGCCUGCCGAGAGCACUCUGACCACGCCUGCCGAGAGCACUCUGACCACGCCUGCCGAGAGCACUCUGACCAUGCCUGCCGAGAGCACUCUGACCACGCCUGCCGAGAGCACUCUGACCACGCCUGCCGAGAGCACUCUGACCACGCCUGCCGAGAGCACUCUGACCACGCCUGCCGAGAGCACUCUGACCACGCCUGCCGAGAGCACUCUGACCAUGCCUGCCGAGAGCACUCUGACCACGCCUGCCGAGAGCACUCUGACCACGCCUGCCGAGAGCACUCUGACCACGCCUGCCGAGAGCACUCUGACCACGCCUGCCGAGAGCACUCUGACCACGCCUGCCGAGAGCACUCUGACCACGCCUGCCGAGAGCACUCUGACCACGCCUGCCGAGAGCACUCUGACCACGCCUGCCGAGAGCACUCUGACCACGCCUGCCGAGAGCACUCUGACCACGCCUGCCGAGAGCACUCUGACCACGCCUGCCGAGAGCACUCUGACCACGCCUGCCGAGAGCACUCUGACCACGCCUGCCCAGAGCACUCUGACCACGCCUGCCCAGAGCACUCUGAUGACGCCUGGGGCACCUUGGCGCACCUUCACUCGCACCUGCUGCACCUCGAGCAAUGGCAGCACCACAGUGCUGAGUUGGUGCCCUCGUCUCACCUGCUUGUCCUCAUUCCCCCACUCUGCCGCCCCUUUCCCUUUUCCCCCCCGCCCCCUCUCUCCCUCUCCCCUCCUUUCUUCCCUUCUCUCCCUCUCCCCUCCUUCUGCCCCUCUCUCCCUCUCCCCCCUUUCUUCCCCGCUCUCUCUCUCCUCUGUUUCUGCCUCUCUCUCCCUCACUCACUCCCCCACAAUGUGCAGCGGAGGAAGUGCAAGCGCCCUGGUGGGCGGGGCUGAGUGGUACAGAGCGGUGGGUGGCGGUGCAGCACGAGGCGGCUGCAAUGCUGUGCCCGCACAGGGCCAUGGGUCACCACUGCGGCUGCCUCUACCCGCUUUUCAAGCAGGUCAGUGCUGCCUCUACCCGCUUUUCAAGCAGGUCAGUUCUGCCUCUACCCGCUUUUCAAGCAGGUCAGUUCUGCCUCUACCCGCUUUUCAAGCAGGUCAGUUCUGCCUCUACCCGCUUUUCAAGCAGGUCAGUUCUGCCUCUGCCUGCUUUUCAAGCAGGUCAGUGCUGUCUCUACCCGCUUUUCAAGCAGGUCAGUGCUGUCUCUACCCGCUUUUCAAGCAGGGCAGUGCUGCCUCUACCCGCUUUUCAAGCACUCCGUUCCACUCCUUUCCGUAUCCCAUUACCCGUCAUCCUAUUUCAUAUAUACCCUCAACUGCUUUCUUUCCCCUCGUGUCUUUCUCCCCCUCGUCCCCUCGGCCCCGCCCCCCUGUCCCUUCGACCUCCGCUUUGACAUCACGCCACCCAGCAGCUUCACACGUCUUUUUUCAACUCCUCAUCGCUGGCUUCCCAUCCCUUUCCCUGCUUCCCCCUCAUACACCCCUCCGUUCACCCACUCCCUCGCCCCUCACCCCCUCGCAGGUACUGCAGCACUGCCAGCAGCGUCUGGACGCGGCACUCUUCAACGCGCUGCUGCGGUCGGGCAAUGACGUGCUCUCCACCGACCCUGCCGCCGACCCUCUCACCGACCCUGCCGCCCUGCCCUUCCCCGCCAAUGGCCGCUUCUGGGCCGCCCAAGGCGGGCUGCUGAAACACACUGUGUCGGAGUGGAGUGACUUCCUGGCGGACAUGGACGCCCACGUCGCCUCGCAAUGGCAUGCCGCCGCUGCACCCGCCGCACAUCCCGGAGCCGCCCACUCUCCCCCCCCAUCGCCCAUCCUGCCCCCGCCCACCGUGCCGCUCUCCUCCGCUCGCUUCUGGGCGGGCCAGCUGGAGCUCUUUGAUUGGCCGGAGGGCGCAGAGGGGCAGGGCGGGGCAGAAAAGCAAGGACGUGGAAAUGGACUGGUGGAGCAGGGAGAGGGGUGGAGAGCUGUGACAGGCGGUGAUGCGAUGGGAGGUGCACCAGUGCGCGGCACUGCUGGGGGUGAAGGGGGCACGGGUCAGAGGCACGACCCGGCUGCACUGCUGCUAAUGGGAGGGCGCGAGGGGGAGGAGGGGGAGGGGCAAGGCAUGGUGCAGCAGCUGAUAGGCGAGCGGGCGGAGUGCUUCCCCCUGCUGCACGCGCUGGCGCACGUGCUGCUGCUGCCCAAACAGGCCCUCUGCGACCGCCCCGUGCGGCGCCAGGUGUACGCCACCAUCCCGGCGCCGCUGCUGCAGCGUGUGGUGAGCAUGUGCGUGGAGCAGCCGUCCCACCCCGACCCCAUCCCUCCCGUGCUGCUCGACAUGCUCCAUGCCGAGGCCAACACGUGUGCCCACGCCACCUACUUGCUGCCAGUCUUUGACCCUGCCCCCCUGCCCCCCACGCCCUACUGCCCGCCGCCUGCCUCCCCCCUGCAUGCGCUGCUGGGGGCGGCUGCACCGGGCGCAGUGGGAGUGCAGCAGGGGGGGCUGGAGGAGGGGAAGGGGCCACGGCACGGAGAGGUGCUGGUGGAGUGA